AUGCCAUCAUAUCUGAAAAUAUAUGACGGCACAACAGACCCUGAAGACCAUAUCAUUCAUUACAUCAAGACGGUAAAAGGCAACAACCACUCAAAAGAGCAGGUACCGUUGGUGCUUCUGAAGAAGUUUGCCGAAACCCUAACAGGAGGAGCCUCAACAUGGUACUCACAAUUACUAGCACAUUCUAUAAUGACGUUCAAGGAAAUGGCCGACAAGUCCGUCAUCGCCUAUGUCGGGGCCAAGAAAGCAGAAGACAGAGUGAAUGACAUAUUCGCCAUCAAACAAUCGCCUGGCGAAGGACUCAGGGACUUCCGAGCCCGGUUCAACAAAGUAAGAAUGAGCCUGCCAAACAUGUCAAAGGGGAUGGCGGUAGCGGCCUUUCAAAAUGGGUUAAACAGGAAUGGGUCGAGGGCGACUAGAAAACUAUUAAGCAGACUCAUAAAAUACCCUCCCACCACAUCGGAAGAAAUUCACAAUGCUUACUAUUCCGAGGUGAGAGCAGACGAAGACGACCUCAAUGAAAUAGUUUACGCCCUAGAGAAGCUCGGUCCUAAGGUGAAAUGGCCACAAAAGAUGAAGUUGGACCCAAAUUCCAGAAAGUCGAAUGCCCUCUACGAGUUCCAUCAAGAACGAGGCUACAAGAUCGAGGAUUGCAUAGCCUUAUGA